AUGUCGCCGUCCAGGUUUCUCACGGAUGAGCUCCUGCAUAUGCGAAAAGAGAUACGCGAGCAAGCCGCGCUCCUACACGCCAAGCUCGGCGCAAUCCAGCGGCUUGAAACCGAGAACGACGCCCGUGCAAAAGCACUGGCCGACCGCGUCGACGUCCUCGAGCGGCGCCACGACGAGUCGCGCCUCUGCUUUGAGAGGACGCUGCAAGCGUUGACACAAAGCGUCGAGGCAAAGCUAGACGCGUUGGAGCAGCGCGUUGCGGCCCAGAGCAGCCUCCAAUCGCUCAACGAGGACCUUGUUCGGCUCAAGCUCCAUGAGAAGCAAGCGGCCUCGGCCGAGCUCGACCACCAAUUCCAGCAUUUCGCCGAUCAAAUUUCGCGCGAGGCGCGCUGCGUCGCAGCGCUCGCGACGCAGCACGACCAGCUGGUGGCCAAGAUGAGCGAGAUGGAGGCUGCUUGGCAGGCCAGCGCAGAUCGCUACGACAGUCGCAUCACGCAGACGCUCGAGCUUGCCAAUGCGCUCAACGCCGGCCAAGGGCUCUUGGAGGAAGCGUACAAGCUCGAGACGCAAAAGACCGUUGCGAGCCUACGCAAGCACCACGACAGGGUUGAGCGAGAGUCAAGUAAGCUCCAUGCCGCGCACGACCAGCAGCUGCUGCAGCUUGAAGUGUUGAGCCGCGAGCUGCACACGACACGAGACGUCACGCAGCGGACCUCGGACGAGCUCAAAGAUGUUGUGAUCGGCGUGCGCAUGCAGAGCAACAGCAACACGUCGGCGCUACGAACGCUCGCGGAAGAGAUCCUCAAGCUCAAGCGGCAUCGCACCGAGGACCUUCGGCGGGCGUCGUUCGAGGAGCUCCAGCAUCGCGACGACACGAGCGACGAUGUCGUGACCGUGCUCAACAAGGCGCUGCUGCAGUCGUCGUAUGCAGCCUUUGUACCCACAAAGCGAGGUCCGUCGCACAAAUAA